AUGGCCCCAAGGCGACCAGUUUGUCUAGAUGAUCCUGUGUGGAUUGUAACUGUGCAUGACUAUUUAAUCAUACUUUCUCUACUAAUUCAGGUUGCUUCAAGUGCUUUAGGCUUCGGACCUCAGUUGGCUAUGCAAUUGGCUGAGCGCUUGUAUACUCAGGGUUUCAUCAGGUUUUACUUUAUCCCUCAUCAUAUUAUAUUCGGAUUCGGACAAUAUAACUCAAGAACCUCCACGGUUGGUGAUAAGCUUGUGGAGGGAGGAUGUCUAUUGCCUUCAUCAAAGGGAAGAUGCAUGAUUCAAAUCUGGGUCAUGGAUGUGGGUCUUUUACAUUGCAUAAAAAGGAAAAGGAAAAGAGUGACAGGUGAGAACCUUAAGGCUGUACGAGUUUUGCUCUAUCCACGUACAGAGAGCACAGCAUACCCUUCAUCAUUUGAUUUCAGAGGCACACUUGGAGCUCUAGUAAAUAUUUCAGUGUGGUGUGAUUAUGUACGUACUCUGCUAGCUGAUGGCUAUGUAAUGCCACGAUCAGGAAAUGAUGCAGGAGAUCACCCUCCCAUAACUCCAAUGCGGUUCGCUAGUGAGGAUAUGCUAGGCACUGAUGCUUGGAGAUUGUAUCACUAUGUCUGUCAACAUUUUCUGGGUAGUCUCUCUCCUGACUGCAAAUAUAUAAGGACGAAGAUCGAUUUUUCAGCUAGAGGAGAAUUCUUCCAUUUUGUUGGCCAGCGUGUUACAGUCAAAGGAUUUACCUCAAUUAUGCCAUGGUUGGCAGUAAAUGAAAUCUCUCUCCCUCAUUUUAAGGAAGGGGAUAAAGUAGAAAUUUCAAAAGUUGAGUUGUAUGAGGGGAACACUGCGCCUCCAGAUUAUCUUACUGAAAGUGAACUGAUAUCCUUGAUGGAAAAAAACGGAAUAGGAACAGAUGCCUCCAUUCCUGUACAUAUUAACAACAUAUGUGAGCGCAACUAUGUGCAGGUACAAGCUGGAAGGAGGUUGGUUCCAACUGCUUUAGGUAUCAGCCUAAUUAGAGGCUACCAAUGUAUAGAUCCGGAUCUCUGUUUGCCUGACAUUCGGAGUUUCAUUGAGCAGCAAAUCACUCUUGUUGCUAAAGGCCAAGCAGAUCAUUCCCUGGUCGUGCGGCAUGUACUUGAACAAUUCAAGCGCAAGUUCAGUUACUUUGUUAAACAGAUUGAUAAUAUGGAUGCAUUGUUUGAAGCACAGUUCUCUCCACUUUCAGAUUCUGGACGUUUGCUUAGCAAAUGUGGCAAAUGCCUACGAUAUAUGAAGUACAUCUCUUCCCAGCCAUCACGGCUAUACUGUGGUACAUGUGAAGAAGUUUAUUAUGUUCCUCAAAAGGGUACAAUUAAGUUGUACAAGGAACUUACGUGCCCUUUGGACAACUUUGAGCUUUUGUUAUUCUCAUUGGCCGGCCCAGAAGGCAAGUCAUUCCCUCUCUGCCCUUACUGUUACAACAGUCCUCCAUUUGAAGGUAUAGACACGUUAUUUGGUGCCACCAAAUCCGGUGGUUCUGGCAAGUUGGGAAAAGGAGCUGGCAUGCCUUGUAUCCUCUGCCCACACCCCACCUGCCAGCAUUCUCUGAUUGCCCAAGGAGUUUGUGCUUGCCCAGAAUGCGAUGGAACACUUGUCCUUGACCCAGUCAGUGCUCCCAAAUGGAGGCUUUAUUGCAACAUGUGCAAUUGUCUUGUUUUCCUUCCUAGUGGUGCUCAUAGGAUUUCUACAACUCGGGAACGAUGCGCUGAAUGUGAUUCCACCGUAAUAGAAGUUGACUUCAAUAAGAAAACAACACCCCUGAAAGAUGGAGCUACCUUGUAUGUUGGGUGUGUUCUUUGUGAUGAACUUCUGCAUUCGCUGGUACAGAUGAAGCACGGAAAAUCAUUUUACAGACGCAUGGGAGGGGGAGGGAGAGGGAGAGGAAGGGGGAAAAGCAGAGGAAGAGGACGAGGUGGUAGGAAGCAGGAAGACCCUAAAAUGAGUUUUCGAGAUUUCUGAGUGUAAUCAAGAUGUGUAUUAUUUGAUUGGUGUCAUUCUCAUUCUGUCUUGCUUUUACCUUAUAUACCACACAGACUCUCGUUGGAUUCAACUCAACAAAGUUGUUUUAUAUAGUUCAAGUCGGCU